AUGAAUGGCGUUGAUGGGGUGAUCGACCGGUGGACCGAGUAUCAGUGGAAAAUAAGAGAAAGAGCUGUGUAUGAGGAUGAGGAUGGGGAUAAUAAUGAGGGCAAUUAUAAUGCUACAGAUACAAACGAAUUCAGUCCCGUCGUGCAUCACCUACCACAGCGCGCACUCGAUGUAAAAACAGAAAUAGUUGGAGGAAUAGACAUAACACCCGCCUCGUCAUCGCAUGACGAAUGCAUAGUAACGAUAGUUGUUCUAUCCGUCCACGCCCAGCGCGUGCUCUACACGUAUCACGAGGCGCACGCAAUCAGCGAACCGUACGUUCCUUCGUAUCUAGCGAUGCGGGAGAGCGGGCCAAUACGCAGGGCGUACACCAACUUCACAGCGCACACGCUCAAUCCGAUGCACACACCCGCCGUGUGGCUGAUAGACGGCAAUGGCAGGCUUCACGAGAGGGAAGCAGGACUAGCUACGCAGGUUGGCGUCGAGCUCGGUAUAAGGACGGUGGGGGUGACUAAGAAUUACUAUCCAAUGACCCAUUUCCACGGUGCACUCAGCCAUCCCAAGCUGUUUAAAGGGCUGGCUCAACAACUACUCAAUAGGCGCGGCGAUUGGAUUGGGUUGCCUGGCGCGUCUGAGAAUGCUUCUGCUAACACCUACAUCGGCGCUGCUCUCCUCACCGGACGCAAUGCUACCAAUCCAGUCUUCGUGUCAGCGGGUCAUAGAUGUUCAUUGCAAUUCGCCCUAAGUGUCACAUACGCUCUCUCUAAACACCGCAUUCCUUUGCCAAUUGCCCUUGCUGAUAAGGCGGGCAGGCAGUAUAUGCGAGAACACAGCUACCACUGCUAA